AUGUCAAUUCCGCCUGGCUACAGUAACAACACCGACUGGCACGACUUCCGAUUCCACGUGGGCGGAGCCGUCAUUAAUUUUGAGAACGACGACGGGCCUCGUGAUUUGGUCAUCAAUAAGGCAAAUGGUGUGCAGGUGCUCGGCUGUAAAGAUAACCUCCUGAAGACAGCCUACCUUGUGGGAAACAAAUGGGAAAAGAAGAAUGACAGGCAUCGCCGCGUAAAAGAAGGGGAGUUCGAUUGGGGCGGAGACUACGAGAUGCGCGCGUCAGAGAUCGCGUCUAGAACGGAAGGCGUUGAAGGGCAGCAUCAGAUGUGGAACCAAAAUUCACCUGUGUUAACACCGACAAGUACGACGAGCACUGUAUACGAU